AUUCAGAAUGUAUCUUCUAGGAAAAUAAUUAACGACUAUUCAAUUCCAUACGACAUCAAGUUUAAUGCGGUUAAAAACGGUGUACAAACUAGAUUUUUCCACUCUGGAAUCCAAUGAAUCACGUGACUUCUUGAUCGGGGGUCAUGACAUGUUGGUUUAUUCUUAGUUCAUUUUCAUUGAGGAAAGCUUGUGAGACGGCAUUUAUAUGAUGAUGAAGUUUCGGAAAUUCCGAUGUCUACUCCAUGCAAGGCAUCUUCAUUCCAAAUAUGUGCCUGUGCCGUUGUCAAUGCAACAGUAUUUGGAAUUCGGGCAAAAGAAGUGUGAGAGGAAAUCUUUUCAAUUCUUGAACGAUGAGAUCCCUAUCCGAUUGGCCCACAUUAUGAGGGAGUUUGAAGAUCUCCCAAAGGAACUACUGACCAUGAAAUCGGUCAAGCUUGUACGUAGCUGGUAUGACUUGAGCUUCAAAGAAGUACAAGCAUUUCAAGACAAGGAUCCUGAUGAUAAAAAAGUCUUAGCUGAUUUCUCAAAAACCAUCCAAGACAUUCUAAAUCGUCAUUCCUAUGUAGUGGAAACAAUGGCUCAGGGUGUUAUAGAAAUGGAGGAUACUUAUGGAAUGGAUGAUAAAAUUUCAGAGAGGAUACAGUAUUUCUUGGACAGAUUUUACAUGAACCGAAUCAGUAUACGCAUGCUUCUAACUCAGCAUGCUGCAUUGUUUGGAAACAUUUCAAACCAUCCUCGACGUAUAGGGCAUAUUGAUCCCAACUGUGAUGUCAUAGAAUGUGUGUCAAAUGCUUUCAAAGCGGCAAGACAUAUCUGUGAACAUUAUCACAUGCAGGCACCAGAUCUGGACAUUGUCACAGCUGAAGGUUCCAAAAUCGUUGACUUUGUAUAUGUACCCAGUCAUAUAGAACAUAUAUUAUUUGAAGUUUUUAAGAAUGCCAUGAGAGCUGUUGUAGAGUUUCACCGAGACAAAAUGGAGCUGCCAAAACUAAAGAUUAUUGUAGCAAAAGGACAGCAAGAUCUUACUAUCAAGCUGUGUGAUCAAGGAGGAGGAGUUCCGUACAAGGUUCAAGACAAGCUGUUCCAGUACAUGUACUCUACCGCGCCCCGCCCCCAGUACACAGGUCACGACUCACCAUUGGUAGGCUAUAUGGAUAUAGACCGAUUUGCACAUGAUAAUGGACCAGCAAGCUUAAUGGCUGGGUAUGGGUAUGGACUUCCUUUGUCCCGUCUAUAUGCCCGGUACUUCCAGGGGGAUCUAGUGGUCAGCUCAAUGGAAGGCUACGGGACAGAUGUCUACCUGUACCUCAAGGUUAAUUCAUCAGAGGCUAAUGAAUGUUUACCUAUUUACAACACAACUACCUCAAGAAUGUAUGAGGCAGAAAAAGUUGUUUCCGAUUGGUCAAGCAGCACCACUUGGAACCAAUCAAUUCGCACGUACUGUACAGCAGUGAAAUCAAAGCAACCAAUGAUAACAGACAAGAGUAUUAUAUCAAUCCAGUGAUAUGUUUGAUAUGUUAUAAUAUAUGAUGAUGUUUAACCUCAAUGAAGACAACUCUUGAGUGUGUUGUACAGUUUUCCAAAUUCAGAAUUUAUCACUAGUACAUGUAAAUGUGUUUGUUCAAUAGUAUGACCAUGACCUUGCUCUUGGAGCAGUAUCUGUAUUAAUCUGAGAUUUAAAAUGUUACUGUACAUUAAAACAUAAAACAUUUCUAGUCAUCCUAUCCUAUCUGUCACAAAAAAGCCCAAUAAAACGUUGUAAUGAAGUGUUGACAAUUCCAUUAGAGAAGCAAACUACACUAUAGAUUGGUAUAUGUUUUGCAGAUAGAUACUUGUAUAUAUACAUAUAGAAUGAUUGUUAAGCUGCCAAUGACUAUUUGGACAAAUAGUACAUAUAACUGGUACUAUAACAAAUGAUACUAUGUACCUCAGGUAUAACUGAUGGCUCAGUAACAGGUGCCAUACAUGUUUCUUUGGGUGCAUACAUUGGAUGCUUAUAUCUACUACACAAAAUGUGUUGUGUAAUGGUGUCCUUUAUAUUGCGUUUGUGUAAUUAAUUUUAUGCCAUAUCCCUUUCAUUUUGACUAUAUUUUGAGUUCUGUUAUUUAUUGAUGUUAACAAGGAGAGGUCAGCUUUGUUGAUAAAUUAUAUUGUUUUUAUGAUGUUUAUUAGAUAGAUACAUGUACAUGUUCUUGCAAGUUGAAGUCAAUCGUGGUAAUAUAUCAUUUAAGCUGUUUUUAUUAUGUCAAGGCAAAUCCAGUUUACAUUCAAUGUGCAAACUUUGUCAAGAAGGAAAUAUUUUUAUCAUGUUUGCGAGAGCCUAAUCUUUACUCAUGGUAUGAGUGAAGUUUCUGACUCUUGCAGUGUAUGCUUUAUGACUGACAAUGGUACGUACAGAAUUGUUGAAAAUUAAAGCAUUUUGUGUAAUUGGCUUGUUAAAUGACGCCCUUUUCUUGUCCUGCUAGAUUUACUUGAAAGGUAUUUUAAUUAGAUGUUUUAUAAAGAAGGCAGUUCUUGUCAUGCUAAAUGAACAAAGAUAGCAUGUUAUUAAAAAAGGUAUUUAUGUAUAACACUUUUAUUGAAAUUGUUAUUGUGUUUCAAAUGGUGCAUUGCUUGAAGAAAGUAGUUGUUACCCGAUCUCAUAUAUCCUAUAUUGUAAAUGUAUUGAUGCAGACACAUCAUGAGUACAUGGAAGUGCAAUUCCUCAUGUAAUAAUAUUGUAGACACUUUUUCAAAAGAAACAUGCUGCUAAAUCAGUUAUUGUCACAAGUCCUUCAGAUUACAAUAAUGUGGAGUAUCAAAGGAGCAGACAGUAAUUACUAAAUUCCUCCUAAAAUAGAAGAUGGUUUAUGCUAAAAAAAAUUCUUGUUGCCAGUUUAUUUCACAAUUUCUCCUUCAAUUAUUGCAUUUGUAUUUAUUUAAGAACAAUUCUUCAAAGCAUCAAACUAAAAAAUCAUAACUUAUAGUUUUUAUUUUUUAAUAAAUGCAGCUAUUCAUUAUGGUUGGAAAAGAAGUUGACUGUCAUUUUAUAUCUAGAAGUUAAUGUGUCAAUUGGUCCUCGAUCAAGUUAUUAAUGACAUCGUGUGACUAGUGCGUCCAACUGAUGGUGAUUUUGCAAUCAUUUUAUUUUAAACCUGAAAGGUAUAGAAAUAAUUUAGUACACAUUUUUUGUGUAUCUGCUUUAUCUGGUUUUGUUGUUUUUAAUUUGAUUGUUGAUUCUACAGAAAUAAAUGAUAUAUUAUAUUUU